AGUGACGCCAAAUAUGCACGUAUUUCCGGCCAGCUCAGCGUACGGGGGAGUGUUGUGAAGCUGUAAUCCAGACACAGACACAUUACAGCUAUUAACUGCUUCGUAUACACCUGCUGUGGGUAAAUUUGACAUUACAGCGAAAUGGUGCUGCUGACAAUGAUCGCGCGGCUGGCGGACGGAUUGCCGCUGGCGGCUUCAAUGCAGGAGGACGAGCAGGCAAGUGAAAAGAUGGGUCGAGAUCUCCAGCAAUAUCAGAGCCAAGCCAAACAGCUCUUCCGCAAAUUAAACGAACAGAGUCCAAACCGAUGCACCUUAGAGGCUGGAUCAAUGGCCUUUCACUACGUCAUAGAGAAAGGUGUUUGCUAUCUGGUGCUCUGUGAGGCCGGGUUUCCUAAAAAGCUAACCUUUGCUUAUCUCGAAGAUCUGCAAGCAGAGUUUCAUGAACAACAUGGAAAGAAGGUGCCCACGGUCUCCAGGCCCUACUCCUUCAUAGAGUUUGAUACAUAUAUUCAGAAGACCAAAAAAUCAUACAUCGACAGCAGAGCACGCAGGAACCUGAGCAACAUCAACACAGAGCUACAGGAUGUACAGAGAAUCAUGGUGGCCAACAUAGAAGAAGUUCUGCAAAGGGGGGAGGCCUUAUCUGCAUUGGACUCGAAGGCCAGCAACUUGUCCAGCCUGUCCAAGAAAUACAGAAGUGAUGCUAAAUACCUGAACACUCGCUCCACGUACGCUAAGCUAGCUGCGGGUGGAGUCUUCUUCAUCAUGCUGAUCGUAUACAUACGCUUCUGGUGGCUGUGAAGUGUGGGAUGUGCAGAGGGAAGAAAAGUUACAGGUGACAAGCAGACGGACUCUCACAUAACAACAAGUUCACGUUGUGUUUUAAAGCUACAGCUUGUUCUUAAAGACUGUUGGAUCUGGCAAUUUCCCUCCUAACAGGCUGCCGAGUCCCUGAACUGAUCCUCACUGGUAUCUGUUUUAUGAACUACACAGAAGUUUGUCUGCACUUGUUUGGAGUCUGAAUGCGAAAGAGAGAAAGCUUGUUUUCCUGUACACUGUAUGUCUUUGUAAAAUCCCUCCAUUCAUGGAAAUUAAUCUUAUAUACUGUAUAACAGUAUACCAUAGAGCAGCAGUGCAUCCCAAAAAAGGUGAAUUGAUAAUUCAUUAACAGAAGUAUGUUAAUUCAGAUUUGGAGUUUUAGCACAUUGUGGGUUGGAUCGCUUCCACUGGACACGUAAUGCUUCUCAUGCUAUGGCUGUUAGGUAAGGUUACCUUCCAGCCAGGGGAGUAAACGUAAAAUAAGCAUGUGGGUCAGCUGUAUUCGUAAAGCUUUGGUCCCCCCAAUGAUUUGCACAAAAUUAAUAAUUGUACUGACCGCCCAUUUAGGUUCUUAUAUAUAAACCAGAUAUUCAAGAAUUAAGCUUGUAUCUCUUAAAGCCUUAUAAAAUGUAGUGGUUUAUUAAGUCUUAGUUUGAAUUUGUCUCAAUUGUACAUUUGUGUCGCAUUUAGACCAGAUAUUUUGGAAUUUUGGAUUGUUUCCUUUGUGCAAAAGUUUUCCAACAAACAGCACUUGCACUGCAGCGAGGAGAUUUGCGGUCAUGACCAGUUACUCAGUCCAGACCAGAUCAUUGAAUCUAGUGUCGUGGGAGAGUGGGGGCCUGCCACUUUUUCAAGAAGCAGAGAUUUGGGUCAAAUGCAAUCCGGUGCAGUCUAGAAAUACAUACAUCUGUAUCUGUGGUCCUGCCUCUUGCAUGGUUGCAGAUAUGAUAUAUGACCUGGGUUUCAACAGCUUUCUCUUUCAGUGUUUACAUUAAUCUGUAUUUCACUUGCAUUAAAGAAUUUAACCCACAGUAACCAACCAGACAUCCAUGUACCAACUGGAUGAAGCUAAAAUGCUCAUCAGGAGAGAGUAUGUUGGUCUCCCCAAACCUACAGUAUAAAUAAAAUGAUUCAAACUAAA